AUCGCCACACCUCCUAUUUGGAGUUCUUAAAAUUAUACUUGUUAAUAGAUAAUAUUGGAUUGAUACCUUUGAAUAAUUUAGAGAAACCUUCAAGUAAUAACAAACUUUUACGUAACUCACAUGAACAAGUUUUAAAUGAAUAUAAUGAAUUCUUAAACAAUUCGCAAAAACAAGUAAUAGCCAACAAUAAUUGCAAACAAGUUUUAAGCAAACGAACAAAUUCAGCAAUAUUAUCUCAGCCUUCAGUCUUCACACCAUUUUGUUCACCCUUGAAAGCUUCUUCAAAAGUAAAUCUUCCAUCACAUUUAGAAAAGUCACAUUCAGAACCACCAAAUUUGGGACCAUCGCAUUCAGGACCAUCAUAUUCAGGACUAUUGCAUUCAGAACUAUCAUAUUCGGCAGCAGAAACUUUGAAAAACAAAUAUGAUCAAGUUUGUGAUCAAGAGCCAGAAUUAAAUAAUAGCAAUACAGUUAUUAAAAAUUACUAUAAUAUUAAUGCGAAAUAUGUAAAGAUUAUAAAAAAAUGA